GCACACAGCAGUUUGGGCUUGUGGCAGCGUAUAUAUGGGAAGCCUAAAAUCGUCCAUAUUGGUGAAAACGAGCGCCGCCAUCGAUAAUUAGCGGUCCCAAUUAUCUCUGCAUAAACUAUUGAAUAAAGACAUAACCUGAACAGUCUGUGACUUUUCUCAGUGCUAAAUAAUUUCAAUUCGAAUGCUGGAGCAGAUAGAUAUAAAUCCGUAAAUCAAUUUAUAUCAUUCAAAUACCAAAAUGGAGAGAAAUAGGAGUGUGAAAUCUUUCAUUGCUUCUGCGAAGGGGUACUUGAAGUGUCCCAAUGAUACUACGACAGCAGUACUUCAACGUGAUUUAGGAAUAUUAACAGCCCCCCAGGACGUGUCGAUCUUUACUUCAGGCACACCAAUAGCCACGGAUUUCUACGAGACCCUCCACACCCUGAUCUCUACCCUCACCCCCAUGAACCCCCUCCUCUGGAGCACCCUGGACGUCCUCCACACCCUCUCCUCCUUCCCGGCCUCCCUAGCCUCUCUCAUGCACAUCUACAAAUUCCCUCAGCUCCUCUCCCCCUUCCUCUCCACUUCCCUCAUCCCCGAAAAAAGAAUGAAGCUCCUGAAGCUCUUAAAACGCCUCACCAAGGGCAUAAAAAUCCACUGGCAAGAGUCCCACCUCCCAGCGUUAAUCCAGACUCUCACCCAGUGGAUAAACCCCUCCCAGGACACUGAGCUCAUCACAAACUCCCUCAGUCUCCUCAUAAACCUCUGCAGAAAGAAUCCCCCGGCUAUUUACACCCUGGUCGACUCAGUAAACAGUAAAAAUUUCCACAGAAAUCUCCUCAGACUUCAAACGAACACGUCAAAAAUCCAAAUUCUGUGCUGCAAGAUCCUUCUAAUCAUGGAAGAAACUAAUUACGAACUUCCAGAGCAGUUCAUCCUUAAUUUUUUGGAGAUUACCUUUAAGAUAAUCGAAGAGACGCUCGAAGCGAACAAACUAAAAUUAUUGAACGAAACUGUGGACUUUUUCGAGGAAGUCAGAUGUCAUGAGAGGACGAAAAGUUCCCUGAUCACCUACGAAGAUUACACGAAGAACCUCAAGAAAAUCAUGGAAAAGCUCGAGGGAAAGAGUCCAGAGUCUGUUGAAAUAAUUUCUAAAUUCUUCACUUCAAUCCUGAAAUUAAAAGUUUCAGGGAUUUGUCAGUUCCACCCACAGCUUACGAAGGUCGCCAUAAAUAGUUUGAAGAAAUUCAGAAUUUCUAUCAAUGGUCUUUCCCUCCUGAAGACUGUUAUCAUAGACUCAAGGAGGAACAAGAACUCUGAGGUGCCCUCAGACCCUCACCUGGACUUUGUGGUUUCCCUGAUGACCUCGGAAGGUGUUCUCGGGGAUGAUCUCCUGGUGAUCGAGGUGAUUCAGUUGAUUCAGGAGCUGGCGAAGAUAUCCAAUUACAGAAUGUCCAUCAGUCAGAAUGUCCCAGAGCCCAGAAUCAGGGAGAUGAUGAGGAAAAUCCGUGAAGAGGACCCCAAGAGGAUCAUAAAGAACGUCUCGACUCCUCUCUACGUAAAUCUCCUCUGUCUCAUCUCGGAUUUGGCGACUUCCGACUCGAAAUGGCUGACUCUAUAUACUGAGCUCAUUCAGAAUAAAAAAAUCCAGAUGAUCAUAGCGGUAUCGAUAUUCAGGGGUGAUUUUGAGACGAAAUCGAAGACACUGUCUCUGAUUUCUUCAGUUGGAUUCAAUCAGGAGUGCAUCCUGGGGGUCACCAAGUGCCUCACAGAACUCGAGAAAAUUUUUCUGAUUGAAAAACCUUUGGAGAUGUCGAGUUUCGAUCCGAAAAUCGAGGGUUUCGAGAAGUCGAAGAAACUCUCGCCUCAGGAUUUAGAGCGACUCGAGAGGAUUUUGGAAAAAUAUGAAGAGAAAAUCGAGAAGAAUGACAUGGAGAAUGUAUUUAUGACGGAGAUGAUGGAGCUGUAUGAGACCAAGAUCAAUGGAAUGAGAAAUACUGAGGAGAAUCUGGGGAGAUCUUUGAUUUCUGCUGAGAGAAAUGCGACAUUUCUUCAGCACAAGAUAUCCCAGAUGAAUUCGGAAUUGACGAAGCUUCAUGAGCUGUUGUUUUCUUCUCAGAAGAAUGUUGAGAUUGUUCAGGGUGAGAACUGCAAUCUACAUGAGAGAUUGUCAGGGGCUGAGAAGGAGAGCAAGAAGGUCCAUGAGAUUCAGAAAAUGGAAAUUCAGGGGUUGAGGAAAAUUGUCGCUGAAAAGUCGAAGACGAUUGAGGAGUUCUCGGAGGUGAAGAGAGAGCUGGAGGUGGCACUGGAGAGGAUCGAGGGCUACGUUAAGAAGUUAAAGGAUUUGGAGGGGGAGAAGGUGGGGUUGAAGAAGGAGAAUCAAGAGCUAAUGGAGAAGAAUAAGGAUUUGGGGAAGAGUAUUGGAAGGCUGCAGGAGAGGGUCGCGAAGAGGGACCAGAGGAUUCAGGAGAGGGAAAGGGAAAAUGAGGCCCUGCAGGAAGCGAUGGGAGCCCUCAAGCAGGAGAGCGCACAGCUGAUGAGACAGUGCAAGAGCUAUGAGACUGCAAUUACCGAGAAGGAGGAGACUAUCAAGAAAUUGGAGACUGAAUUGACUGAUUUGAGCAGGAUGAGAGAUAUGAUCUAUUCGCUGACUGCUCAGAAGAAGGACAGUGCGCAGAAUGAGACAACUUGAUACAAUUUUUUGUUGAGGUGACACAGGCGAUGAGGGAGGGGUGAAAUUAGACAAAAUUUUAGGAGCAGACGAUUCAGGUUAGGGAGAAUGAGGGCCUGCAGGAGGCAAUGGGAGCCCUCAUGCAGGAGAGCGCACAAUUAAGACAGUGGAAGAGUUAUGAGACUGCCAUUGUCAAAAAGGAGGAGACUAUCAAGAUAUUGGAGACCGGAUUGACUGAUUUGCUGAUUGCUCAGAAGAAGGACAGUACCCAGAAUGAGACAACUUGAUACCGUUUUUUGUUGAAAGGACACAGGCGAUGAGGGAGGGGUGGGACUAGAUAAGAUAGACUUUAUUUUUCAACUGAUUACAAAUGAAUUAUUUUUAACAGUUGCAGAGAUUUAAACUACAAUUAUCUUGAGAUUUUUCAUAUAAAAUAGAGAAGGAAAAGAAAAAAUGUUCUCACGACGAAGAUAACGGAGCUGUAUGAAACAAAAAUUAACAGCAUGAGGGUGAGCUGAGGAGAUUCUAUAUUUCUGCUGAGAGAAAUGAGAUUUUUCUUCAGCACAAAACAUAUCUUUUAUUGGGCGAAACAGAAGAUGAGGGAGGAAUGGGAGUAGAUAGGAUAGACUAGUUUUCAAUUCAUGUGGAAAAAUUAUUUUCAAAGAUCGACUUUCAUUUAUCAAAUGACACAUUAUAAACAUUCAUGCUCAACAAAUUGGAAAAAUGGACUCAUUCUCUUCCAGUGAACCACUCCAUAGGUCAGUUGAAUUUAAUUCGUUUUCAACGUUGCAAUGAAUGUAAAUGGUAAAAAUCAUAAUGUUAUAAUAAUUGGAAGACAAAAAAUUUAUGUAAAAAUGUAAUUCAAUUUUGAAAAUUUAGUUUU